AUGAAGGUAGAUAUGAGAAAGAAAUCCUUUGUAAAUAUCAGGAUGAAGAAUACUUCUUUAAUUGGGGGUAACUUUGUUAGUUGUAACUUGAGUGGAUCUGAGUUUGAUUAUGUAGAUAUCAGCGGAUUGAAUUUGAAUGGAGCUUAACUAUUCAAUUGUAAAUGGAAGAACAUAAAAGUCCAUGAAUUUAUUAGGUUGGAUGGUCAUGAAUUUUCUGUCAUGUCAGUCUGUUUCUCUCCUGAUGGAAAUACAUUAGCUUUUGGUAGUGAUGAUAACUCUAUCCGUCUAUGGAAUGUCAAAACAGGAUAACAAAUUAAAUCCUCUGAUAAAAACUACAAAGAUAUUCUUGCAUAAUUUACGAUUCCACUCCAAUAACAUAGCCAUAUUUAAUAAGGUACUAUUUAUCCCCUAUCAUAUUUUUAGCCUCCAAUUACAUCACUACACUCCUUAUAUCCCAAAAGGCAGUAUUUCAAGCUCAAGGAGCUUUAAUUCUGAAAGGAGAGUUUAUAGAUCAAUCCGGGAUAGGUUUAAAGACAUUGUUUAAAUAAAAAGGAAGUUGCUUUAUAGAAGAUUUAUAGAAAAAGUGA